CCCUUGCUGCUCGCUAUAAGAUAAGAGUUGAAAAACCACAAAUGUGUUAGAAAAACACCUCAGGGUCAAGGACUUGCACUUGUCGACAAUGGCUGAUUCAAACUCUGAUAAGAAGCUGACAGAGGACAAGAGUGACAGUAUGAAACGCAGCAAAAAGAAACACAAGAACGAAGAUGCCUGGAGACCAGAGGGACCCAAGGACCCGAUUGCCAUGCUGAACUCUCUUCCUGAGAAGAAGCAGCAGGAGAUCCAGAGAGCCCUUCACCUCUUCUCCUUGGGCACAAGUCUGCCCAAAACUCUUCAGCAGGCCAGAAAACACACAUACCGUUUCUGGGAAACACAGCCUGUCCCCAGACUGGAUGGGGAAGGUGACAGUGUUGUGAGUCACGGUCCAAUAGUGAAGGGUGAAGCCGAUGUCCGGAAGGAGUCCUUCUCUCUGCCUCAAGGUUUUUCCUGGGACACUCUGGACCUGAGCAACCCUACAGUGUUGAGAGAGCUUUGCGCUCUAUUAAAUGAGAACUACAUGGAGGAGGAUGACAACACUAUCAGAUUCGACUUCUCUCUGGAGUAUCUGAAAUGGAUUUUACAACCCCCUAACUACCAGGCCCAGUGGCACUGUGGUGUGCGAGUAGACACUAAUAACAAAUUAGUUGGCUUCAUUGCUGCUGUUCCUGCAGAUGUCCUCAUAUAUGAGACGGAGAAGCGGAUGGUACAGGUCAAACUCCUGUGUGUUCAUAAGAAGCUGCGCCUCAAGCGGAUGACUCCAGUUCUGAUCCGUGAGCUCACCAGACGGGUCAACCAGCAGGGCCUCCACCAGGCUGUCUACACAACUGCUACCGUGCUGCCCACGCCGCUAAGCUCCUGCAGAUCCUGGAAUCGCCCUCUAAAUCCCCGAAAGCUGAUGGAGGUGAGCUACCCUGGUGUGAGGCAGAACAUGAGCCUGCAGAGAGCUGUCAAAUUCAACCGAGUGCCUGAGGUGACGAAGACACCAGGUUUAAGGCCUAUGACUAAAGAAGACGUCGUGGGUGUACGCUCUCUACUCCAGGCAAACCUAAGCAAGUUUCACCUAAACACCAUCUUGUCCUUGCAGGAAGUAGAGCAUUGGCUGCUGCCAAGGGAGAAUGUGAUUGACACCUAUGUUGUGGAGGGAGAUGAUGGCACGCUGACAGAUGUGGUGAGUUUCUAUAGCAUCUCCUCGAGGGUACUGAAUCACCCAGUCCACACUGGUCUGAGAGCUGCUCAUCUGCUUUACUUUGCCUCGACUGUGACAGACCCUGUCAAUCUCAUGGAGGAAGCGCUGGUCCUGGCUAAAUCUAAUGGUGUUGACAUCUUCUGUGCUCUUGACGUGAUGAAUAACAAGACUCUCCUGGAGAAGCUCAAGUUCAGCAUCAGCAACACAAGCCUUUAUUACUACCUGUACAACUGGAUGUGUCCUAAUAUGAGCCCAGACGAGGUGGGCUUGGUGUUACCCAGCUAAUCCUCCCCUGGAAGAAUAACAGGACCACAGUCACUGGCAGGACAUCGAACUGCAUCGCCAACAUGAAUUUGAGUUUAAAAUCUAAACUGACAAACUGUAAAAUACACGCAAGCCUUCACAAAUUAGUGAAAGAAAUAAAAAUUUUGAAU